UUGAAUUUAAACUGCACGUCAGCCACUGUUCUCAAGGCGGUGAGAUACAAGAAGACUCAUCAGGGAUAUUGCAUCGUUUAGUCUGAUAGACGUUUACUGACAUUCCAGUGGCCUAGAACGCUGGUUAAUUUAUACGAGACUACAUGGUGAAUACAUUUUGAAAUAAAAAUGCUCGAUAUCGUGUUAACUACUCUAGGGAGCGUUCUGUUUCUGGUAGUUGCGUUUUUCGCUGUGUUCCCCUAUGGUUGGAAAUGGUUUUUCAGGAGGUCAGAUAUCAAGAAAGUAAACAUGAUACCAGGACCAAAAACAGUUCCCAUUUUUGGUAAUAUACUUCUAUUCAAUGUGCCUGAAGAAGAAUUAUGGCAUAAAUUCCGUCAGAUUCACAAGGAAUAUGGUCCUACAUUUCGCAUAUGGGUGUUAGGAGUUCCUGAAGUUUUCAUCACAGAUCCGGAAGAUGUUGAGGUCAUUCUGAGUAGCCCCAGUCACAUUAAGAAGAGUAUGGACUACGAUUUGAUUCAGCCCUGGCUGGGUACUGGAUUGCUUACUAGUUUCGGCAAUAAAUGGCAUUCACGUCGGAAAUUGCUUACACCAGCGUUUCACUUCAAGAUUCUUGAAGACUACAUAAAAGUUUUCAACUCCAACAGCAAGAUUCUAAUCGAUAAACUUACAAAUCAAGUCGGAGAACCUUAUGUGGAUAUUACAUCUUACAUCGCAAUGUGCACAUUGGACAUCAUCUGUGAAACAGCAAUGGGCGUUACAAUUAAUGCUCAGAACAAUGGCGAAGCAGAAUAUAUCACUGCAGUAAAAAGAAUGACAAAAGUUAUAGUGAAGAGGCAGUUUUCUCCAUGGCUAUAUAAAGAUUACAUUUACUAUUUAUCUCCAUUAGGACGAGAACAAGUUCGACUCCAGAAAUUUCUACACUCCUUCACCAACCAAGUCAUAAAAGAGAGGAGAGAAGAAUAUAGAAACAAUAUUAAAAGCCAAGAAAAUAAUAUGCCAAAAAGUAAGAGACGUCGUUUAGCUUUUCUGGAUCUGCUGAUUGAAAUGUCAGAAAAUGGAGGAUUACUAUCUGAUUCUGACAUUCGAGAGGAAGUAGAUACUUUCAUGUUUGAGGGUCAUGACACGACAUCUCUUGCUAUUUCAUGGACCAUGUAUUUACUCGGGUGUCAUCCAGAAAUUCAGGAAAAAGUAGUACAUGAGUUGAAAGACAUUUUCGGAGACUCUGACCGAGAAGCUACUUACGAGGAUCUGCAGCAGAUGAAAUACCUAGAACAAGUCAUCAAAGAAUCUCUAAGACUGUAUCCUAGCGUUCCAGCCUUCUCCAGACAAGUGGAAGUUGACGUAAAGCUAAAGAACUACACUAUUCCUGCCGGGACACAAACACCGAUUUUGUCAUUUAUUAUGCAUCGUAACCCGAAAGUGUUCCCCAACCCAGAAGAAUUUAACCCAGACCACUUCUUGCCGGAAAAUGUAGUGAACAGACACCCAUUUGCCUACAUUCCAUUCAGUGCCGGACCAAGAAGUUGUAUAGGCCAGAGAUUUGCUAUGUUUGAAGAGAAAAUCGUACUGAGUUCUGUGCUCAGAAAAUUGAGACUAGAAUCUCUUGACAGAAGAGAAGAUGUACCAUUACUCCUAGAGUUGGUUCUCAGGCCGAAACAUGAACUCAGAAUCAAGAUUUCUUCACGAUAAUUAUCAAUAAUGAAGCAUAGAAUCCUUUUUAAUUGUUAUGUAACUUCUUUGUACUUUAAGACAGGAAACGUAGUACAUAAUCCUUCUCUUGAAAACAUAUAAAAUCUAACUGGAUUGUAUGAUCUCAAGUUUUCGCCCUGAGGAUGAGGACGAAUAUGGUUGUCGAAACGUUGGUGUCUCCUUCUUUAAGCCACCUUGCACGGCUGGUAGCCCGAGAGGAAUUUAUUAUAAAUGUAUCUUCUUUGUUGUCUGUUAUUUGUCAUAUUGGACUCUGUUUUCCGUCCCACAGUUUUAGACACUUCAUUUAACAAAGUGAAUAUGAAAAAAUAAUCGUUCGUAUAUCACACACGGCUUUUAUGAGCGGGAUAGUAUUUUUUAAUAUUAUUUUGACUAUACAUUGCAUCAGUAACGACACAAAACAAUUAAUACUUAAUUGCGUUAUAAAGUUAAAUUCUCGAAUAAUUUACUAUUUGGUUCUCCUAACCUCACAUUCCCUACAAUGUCUUAACUUUAUUUCAACAUCUGAAAAUAAGGUUAUUCCGAUUUUAAAAACGAAGAACAACAACUACUAUGUUUUAUAUUUCAAAAUAUUGUCUUAUAAAUUCAACCUGUACUCUUAUUCCAGAGCAGAAUUAAAGGUUUUUAAGAAUAAAGUAUCUCACGAGCAAUGUU